AGCAGGCUGUGCUCGCUUUCCUCCUCGUCUGCCUCUUCCAUUGCUAUGCCACUUUCUCCUCUGGUGCCUUUCCCUCGUCCCUCUUUGCUGCUCACCCUUUGAACCCUAUAUACUUUUUACUUAUUUUUCUGCAGUUUUUUUUCAUUGUCCAAAGAUGGCUGAAGCCCAUGACUUAUCCACCGUCCCAACUGACGUCCUCCUCUGUGACACCUUCUCCCAGGUGCCCGAAGAUGGCAAUGCCCUGUCCUUGCUCCUGACCAGGACACAGCUGUUCAUCCAGAGCCUCUCCGCCACCUCCUCUGGGUCCUCACGCGCCUCCUUCCAUCUUUCCGACUGCAUUAGUUGUCGCGCCUUCAGGGGUAAAGACUCCAGAGACAUAGGCGGCUACUUCACAGCCGUAUUUUUUCCUCUUCGAGGGAUGCUGGGGACCGCCACUUACCGACAGCGAAUUUCCAGGACAUUCCGGACGGAGGCGUCGAGGGCCAGAGAGCAGAACAUGAGACUGGCGAAGACCUGGGCACAGAAGAUAUGCCAGCUGUCUGAUGAGCAAGGUCACCCGCUCCUUCUGCCCUCCCCAGCACGUUUUCUGGUGCUGCUGAAUCCCCAGGGAGGAACUGGAAAAGCGUUGAGUCUCUUUGAGACCCAUGUGAUGCCCAUGUUAACAGAGACCAAUGCCCACUUCACUCUGCUGGUCACAGAGAGACCCAAUCAAGCACGUGAACUGGUGCGGGAGCGGGACUUGUCGGCCUGGGAUGCCAUAGUCGUGAUGUCAGGCGAUGGACUCAUGUUUGAGGUUAUUAAUGGGUUAAUGGAGCGACCAGAUUGGGCGAAGACCAUUAAGAAACCACUCUCUAUUCUGCCAGGCGGUUCGGGGAAUGCGCUGGCGGCAUCUAUCAAUCAUUAUUCUGGACACCAGCAAGUGACGGGAACCAAACUCCUGACCAAUUGUGCUUUCAUAUUGUGUAAGGGUCACCCUGUGCCUCUGGACAUUGUCUCUCUAACCACCUCCUCCCAGCAGAGGAUCUUCUCCUUCCUUAGCUUGGCAUGGGGCUUUAUUUCAGAUGUUGACAUAGAAAGUGAGAAGUAUAGGUUUAUGGGUUAUGCACGUUUCUCAGUUGGCACUUUUGUUCGCCUGACUGCGCUGCGAACCUACAGAGGACGACUUUCAUACCUCCCAGCCAUCUCCUCGUGUGAGACGAGAGACACUACCUCCGACAUGAAGUGUUCCUCAGCAGACAGUACAGAGCCACAAGUAUUGGAAGACUCGUUGGUGGUACCAUUGGACCAACCUGUUCCAAGUCAUUGGCACACAGUGGAAGACCAGUUUGUUCUUGUCCUUGCUCUCUAUCAGUCUCAUCUAGGGGCUGAACACUUUACAGCUCCAAUGGUGAAGGGUUCUGGAGAAGGUAAUAUUCACUUGUUCUAUGCCACCUCCAGAAUCUCACGGACAUCUCUUAUUAAAUUAUUUAUAGCAAUGGAGAAAGGAACUCAUCUCGACCAAGAGAUACCUCACCUGAUCCAUGUGCCCGUGGUGGCAUUUAGGAUAGAGCCAUCUGAAAGCACUGGUAUUAUGACAGUGGAUGGGGAGGUCAUUAAAUGCAGUUCAAUCCAAGGGCAAAUUCACAGAGGUUUGGGACAUGUAUUAUCGUUGGGACCCCAGCUAUAACACACACCUUCUUUACCAAUAACAUCAGGAAUGUGCAACCAUAAAGUUGGCCAUACCCAUGAGACAGCUGUCGACCAAACCCUCUUUCAGCUGAUUGCUACCUCAACCAGCACAUACAUGCUUGCAGGGAGAGAGCUUCUGUCAGACUCCACUGGUGGCAGCUUAUCUACUGAGAACAAAAGGAUGGAGCAUGUUGAAACCCAACAGCCUGAUCUUCAUCUGAGUUGGGAGGCUCCUUUACAUAAUAAGGUUGUGUUAUGGUUUGGCCUAAAUACUAAUAUGUAGGGCCAGCUUACAGGGGUUGGUGGAAUAAAAGAUAAAAAAAAAAAAGAAGCAUUGCUACCCCUUAUUCCUCCAGUCUCCUCUGCUCUCUAGUUCCUGUUCCAUGCUUGACACACAAUCAGUAUCUGGAAAUGUCCACCCAGCCAAUCAUUGACAUCUUUGGUGACCCACCUCAGGAUGUGAUUGGCUGAGUGGGCAGGUUCCAGCCCCUUCCUGUUUGUGGAGCUGUGACCAGGAAGUGGAGAGCAGCAGAGAGACAGACAUCCUGGGAACAGCUGCAACGGGUGAUCGGUGGAGGCGAGUAAAACAUUUUUAACCCAUUCUGGUCCUUUAGAAAGAAAACUCUCCCUCCCUAAAAACCCUUUUAGGACAGAAGCUUCUAUAAAAAGAAUGCAGUAACGAAUAGGACAGAGUUUUCUACAUUAUAAGGUCAUUGCCACCCACAGACCCAAGUAAUUAUAGUGAGAAUGAGGGGAAAAUAGCUGUGAGUAGGUGAUAAUUUGUACUAUGAGAAGACAGCGCAUGGCUGCUUGCACUUGCUGACUUUUAAAGGGGAACUUUAGCACAUCUGUAAUAACACAGCAAUGUAAAAACACAAUGACGGAGAUUGUGGAGAAGCUGCCCCACGAGACCAGAGCGGUGAUGUGCAUGCACGACCACCACUGCAUACACUUCUAUGGGACUGCUGCAAUCUGCAACAUGUCAACUGUUUCUGAAGAUUGCAUUGCAAAGGGCGAGAUCAGGGGAAAUCCACACGUAACAUACAGUAGGCAGAUUUUGUUUAGAUUGUUGCUGCUGAAUGAAACUUGAGGCUGAGAGUAUUUUUUAUAGCAUUAGAACUUAAAUUACAAUUUAUAUGAAAAAAAUAAAAUGACAUUAUUUAAAA